AUGACCAAAAUUCAUCAAAAGGCCAUUAUUAUUAUAGCUUUACCGAUUACUGAUCAAGAAAAUUAUUCAUCAGGUAGAGAUUCAUUAAUAAACUUGGUUUCAUAUUCUUCAGAAGAAAAACUUCCGGAUAAUCAUGGUGAUUUGGUUAUUGCCAACAUCACAAAUAAUAGCAACCUGAGUUACCAUCCAACUGGUUACAACUUUAAAACACGCAAUAUCAAACCAUUCAAUUAUUAUCCCAAAUUAAUCAAUUAUAAUAUUCGAACGUAUAAUUCUAAACAACCUUAUUAUUAUUAUUAUUAUAAUCCACUUACAUGGAAUUAUCAAAGGCCAAAUUUCAUGCGAGUAAUGAAACAACAUCAAUAUAUAAAUGAAAUUCCCAAAGAGCCAGCAUUCAAACCUAUGUAUGCAUCUAAAUAUCCGUAUGGAGUUCAUUAUUAUCAUUUUCCUAAAAAUUCUUCACUUUAUCGCCAACCUUCAAUGGCUAUAUACGAGAGGGAUUUUAAUAGUAUUAAUCAAUCUAUUCCAAUUGAUAAGAAAAAAUUGAAAUGGAACGUGAAUGAGAUUUAUCAAUUUACGACAAUUGGUUAUACUCAGAAAGCAGAUAAUAACACAGCUGGCAAUCCAAUUGAUAGUAAGGUAUUCAAUAAUGGACAAAAAGUAUCUACCAAUAGCACUCGACAAGAGCGUAAUGAUAGUCGCUGCCAAAAUUCUGAGAUUACGGAAGAUGAGCGGGCAGAAAUACUCGACUUGCACAAUAAAUACCGAUCCGAUUUGGCCAGUGGCAAAAUAAAAAACAAAAUCCAAAAUAUGCCUAAUGGAAACAAUAUUCGUAAAAUGGUUGACGGCCAUAUGAAAAGGGCAGCGACUGCUUGGUGGGAGGAAGUCGAGUUAAUGACAACCACUGUUGAAUUCACUACAAAGGCUCGAAAAGUUGGAAAAAUUGGUCAUUUUACUCAGAUGGCAUGGGCAGAGACAUAUAAACUUGGUUGUGGACUUGCUUUUUGUGUUAGCCCACUUUCACCAAAUGAAUUGAAUGAAUUAAGAAUGCAGCAUUUUGGAUUGACCGAAAAAUACGUGCAGAAAUAUUGGAUUUAUGUUGUAUGCCACUAUAAUCCACCUGGAAAUGUAAUGGAGCGAAAAAUAUAUGAAGAAGGAGCUCCUUGUUCCAAAUGUCAGCAACGGUACAAUACUUUAAAAUGCAAAGAUAAUCUGUGUGUUGGAGGUGAAGAAGGUAAUUAUAAUGAAGCAGAUUAUUCGGAUACUUGUAAGGACUUUUUUGGUGAUUGCGGCCAUGCGCGAUACGCAUUUUCUUGCGAAACAGAAAGAAUGAAGAAAAAGUGUAGUAAAACUUGUGGAUACACGAAAAGGAUUACACAUUGUGCAAAUCAGUAA